ACAGUGAAGGUGAUAUGGCUCCACGGACUCGCUGGCAGCGGGCAAGAGUGGAUGAAUCUCCCGGAUGCUCUCCACGUUCCCUGGGUCAAGUUCGUAUUUCCUACAGCUGCGGAGGACUCGCUAGACCUUUGGGACGAGAAGCACGUGACCUCGUGGUUUGACAUCAGCCUGGCUUCGUACAAGAUCCACUGCAACGCGAUCAACGCCUUGCCCAACGUCCUCGAUCUUAUCCAGAAGGAGAUUCAAGCAGGGAUCCCGCCGGAGAGAAUCGUUGUCGGAGGUUUUUCACAAGGAGCAGCCAUCGCUCUCAGCGCUGCCCUAACUUCCAACCACAAGUUAGGAGGAGUAAUCCAGCUCAGUCCCUGGCAGCUCCCCUCCAUCUCCCGGCUGUCUCCGCAUUGGAGGGAGGAGGAAGUGCAGGAUGGCAAGCUCCCUCUUCUCUUCUGCCAUGGAUCAGACGAUGAAGUCGUGCUGCCGAGUUUUGCCCGGCAGAUGAUUGCGAAUUCCGUCUUCUCAGAUUUCACUCAAGUUUCUGAGCACGAAUACCAAGGCCUCGGUCAUGGGUUGUGCAGCGACGAGCUACAGGCCGUACGUUCCUUCCUUGUCCAC